CUCAUCGGAAGUUGCUUGUGCUGUUCGCCUGUGGAUGCAUGUAAACAUGCGGUAACCGGAGAGGAACCCUUCAACUAACCACAGAGGGACAAAACAAGCUAAUUGAACAGAGUCGGGUCUCGUUGUACUGUGAAUUAAACUGGGAUUUUAAUGCCGACAGCCUCUGCACGUGAUUUUAAAUCGCUGACAUGGCCGAGGUGGACGCGAAUAAAGUCAAUCAUAUUUCCUCCGAAGGGGAUAGGUUACUAUUUCCGGUGACAGACUAUGGUUCGAAUGACCACAGGGAUGAGUAUAGCAACCCCAGGCCAUCCCCAGUAACAGGUGGCUGGAUAGGGGCUGACCAAGAAGAGGAAGCAUUGCGCAGGAAGUUGAAAUAUUUCUUCAUGAGCCCCUGUGAAAAGUACCAAGCCAAAGGCAGAAAACCUUAUAAACUGGUGAUGCAAAUACUGAAGAUUCUUAUAGUAACUAUACAGCUGGUACUUUUUGGCUUAAGCAACGAGAUGGCGGUGACGUUUAAGGAGGAAAACACGGCUUCAUUUAAACAUCUUUUUCUCAAAGACUAUGAUGAUUCAAAUGAUGGCCUUGCUGUUUACACACAGAGUGAUGUUUAUGACCACAUGUUUUACGCAAUAGAACAGUAUCUGGCAUUGACGGAGACGACAGUGGGCCGUUAUGCGUAUGUAUACAAUGUUGGUGUGAACGGGAGUGCGCUUUCUCUGUGUCAACAGUAUUAUAAAAAAGGCAGGAUUGAUCCAGCUAAUGACACCUUCAUCAUCGAUCCACAUGUGGUCACAGACUGUAUCGGCGUGGACCCUUUGUCCACUCCCACAGUAGGUAUGGGCCGUGAUUUCAGGAACUUCACCCUUAAGUUUCACAAGCUCAUUAAUGUGACCAUACAGUUCCAGCUGAAGGCUAUAAAUCUACAGACCAUCAUCCACAAUGAAAUUCCUGACUGUUACACUUUCUUCAUCACGAUUCUGCUGGAUAAUAAAGCCCACAGUGGUAAAGUUAAGAUCACUCUUGAUAAUCAGGCCUCCAUUAAGGAAUGUAGGGACCCCAGUGUGUCUGGACACGCUGAUAGUUAUGCUCGUGUGUGGUUUGACGUGGCUGUUUCAGUAGUGUGUGUUCUGUCUCUGGUCCUCUGUGGCCGCUCUAUCAUCAGAGGAAUCGUUCUUCAAAAUGAGUUUGUGCAGUACUUCAGGACCUCUCUGAAGCGUGAUGUGUGUUGGGGAGACAGAAUGGAGUUUAUUAAUGGAUGGUAUAUUCUGCUCAUCAUUAGCGACGUGCUCACUAUCGCAGGAUCUAUCAUUAAGAUCGGGAUUGAGCUAAAGAACGUCUCAUCCUAUGAUGAGUGUGGGAUCCUCUUGGGCACCUCAACGUUAUUGGUUUGGGUUGGAGUUAUUCGCUACCUCACCUUUUUUCAGAAGUACAAUAUUCUCAUUGUCACUUUACGAGCUGCAUUCCCUAAUGUGAUCCGUUUCUGUUGCUGUGUGGCGGUAAUCUACCUCGGUUAUUGCUUCUGUGGGUGGAUUGUGCUGGGACCCUACCAUGUUAAGUUUCGCUCUCUCUCGCUGGUGUCUGAGUGUCUUUUCUCUCUGAUCAAUGGAGAUGACAUGUUUGUGACCUUCAGUGGCAUGCAAGAGAGCAGCAUGCUCGUCUGGGUCUUUAGUCAGGUUUACCUUUACACGUUCAUCUCUCUGUUCAUUUACAUGGUGCUCUCUCUCUUUAUCGCUCUCAUCACUGGAGCUUAUGAGACCAUCAAGCAUCAAACUCAGGAGCCUAUCCAUAUCACUGACCUGCACGCGUUCAUCGCUGAGUGCACCGAUACGCCCAACUCUGGAAAGUUCCGUGGCAUUGAGACCUCACCGUGCUCCGUCUUCUGCUGCUGUGACAGAACCACCACAUAUGAGGACGUCCACCUCAUCAACUAGUGAAGUCAUGGGACAUGAUGCCUGAAGACAAAACCUCCCUCUUCUGGUCACACUGUGGUACUGCAACAGAAAGAAAGCCAGUGGCGAUGUGAGGGAAAACUCCAGACAAAAAACCCAAGAAGUCAAAGCCGCUUCAUUUAAGUGGACCUUAAGUGGAGAAAAUCAUAUUCGAUUUUUACAGAAGAACUGCUCCAGUUAGAGAAAAUUGAAGUUUUACCUCAGUUUGUUGCUAGUUUUAAUUUAAUUCUGGAGGUUGCUAAAGGCAGCCAAGUACACUCUUAGUCUAUUCUGAUAAAAACACUCAGAAAGUUUGAAUUGAGACAAUAUUAGAUAACAAACUGUACAGUAUGUACAGUACUCAUUCCCUAAAGGUUGAUCCCACGUGUUUGUUCGGUGCACGUGCUGUGGUGUGCAAAUGGGUCAUCAGUCGCCAAUACUGAGAGACAUAGUGGUCAGUGAUUCAUAACUGUUGCAGUUAUUUCUGUUGUCUCUGAGUAACAUCUAGUCUUGUGUAAUGUCUGCAUCAAAAGGAGAUUGGCAGGCCUAAGUGUUUAGCAUAUGUAAACCUCUGAGACAGCAAAAAAUGAGGAGACCAUGUGAUUUAAACAUCACUCCUAUUCAGCACUUAGAGCAGAACACAGCACUCCCCGGUGUCUUAAUAUCAUCUCCACUUAUUCAUAAUAAAAAAAACAUGCUCUGCUAGUAUGAAUUCACAGAGAAACUUAGCCUUAACACUUUCCUGAUGUAUAGAGCUGAUUGUAUUUUGGAAUGUAAUACCUCAUUGUUAAAUAGAAUGACUUUCAGUUGCUUUUUUUGUAUUUUAAUGAGCUUUUCACCAGUAAUGACACCUCCAUGGUUUUAUUCCAAACUGAUUCUUUGUUUUAUAUAAAAACGGAAUCAAAUGCAUACUGUAAUGUGAAAUCUAAUUUCAUAAAUUCUGUUAGACAGUAAGCCUUAACUUUGAUGAUCUAGUGUUUUAUAGAGAAGUACACACUUUUAUGGCCAGCCUUCAUCGGGUUUGUUUUAAAACAGAGGCCUUCAAGAACGCUAUUAUAAGAUUACUGGCGAGGGCACAGUGUUCUGUUACCAUGGUGACAUAUUAGAACAAUAGAACUCAUCAAAAAUGCUUGACCCUUGUGUGACUCUCACUUCAGAGCACAAAUAAGCCUAAUUUUAGCUUUUCCAUUAUACUUGACUGAUAAGAGAAGGAAGUAUAAAUAUUUAAAUUUUGGGGCCUGUGCAACUCAAGUACACAAUAAGUGGGACCAGUCAUAUUAUUCUGAUGUCAGCUAACUGCUUUUUGGUCAUAUUACAUAAUUUAAUUGUCCUUGUAAUGCUUCUGUAUUGUUUUAAUGUGUGAUUGAAUCAUGUUCUAGUGUAGAGGUUUAUUUAUAUCGUGUUGGCUCUGUUGCGUUUCUGUUUCAAAUUAAUUUAAAGCGCACAAUCUGCAAACAGACCACACUUUCUAUUACUAACCUGUAAAAGUCGGAGCAAAUGUUGUCUGAUGAUCCCUGAAAUAUUUUAUAUUUCAUUUUAGCCUAAUAAUUGAGUGUUUUUUUUAUGUUUUGUAAUGAACAACUUGUGCAAAUAAUUUUGCCAGCAAAGGCAGCACAAACAGAAUUAUAUAUAAAAAUUAUGUUAUCAAUUUUCUUUUCAAACUGGAGGAUUUUUCAAUUCUUGAUUUUCUUUUAUUUGUUUUAAACACUUGUAUAAGUGUCAUUGCACGUUUUUCCAAAUGUUGGUCUUGACAGAAUCAUGUUUUUUUAUGUUCAUGUGUAUUCGUUCAAUACAGAGAUUUUCUAAAGUCUGUUUAAUAUAGACAUAGUCUUUUUCUUCUCCUGUUGUUGUUUCACAUUAGCGUGAAUUAUAAAACACACUUUUGAACACUGUA